AUGGCUUCUGGAAUCUUCAACUCCACGUAUUACGGCAAGGAUUAUCGGGCCGGCGCUGCCCUCCUGCGUGCCCGCCGCCCAUAUCUGUUCAAGAACUCCCUGACCGGUCUCGCUCUCGCUGUCUUCUCAAUUGGCGUCUACUCCUACACUAUCCGCGCUGUCGGCCAAGAGGAGUUCUCCGACGUCAAGGUCCCCGAUGCCCCCGCGAAGCCUUUAGCGGAGCAGAAAUAA